CUUUAGGUGCUCUUUAAAAAGAAAGAAAAAAUGAAUUGUUCACGUUUGUCAAAAAACUUUAGUGGCACCUACAAAUUUUAGGCCGAGCAAUUAUAAAGAAUCUAUAAAGUCUUCGUUCCCCUUCAAUUGAUCUUUAGGUUUUCCCAAGCAGGAACUGGUCGCUCGAUCGAAUCAGACGAGCACUUGUUUUACUCAGUAAAUGCUCGUAUUUAUUCGAUCCUCUCGGGGCUGCAGAAAUCCUCAAACAGUCAAACAUGGCACUCCUCAGCUCGUCUGUCGCCGGAGAGGUUGGUUUGCGCCUGCUGCUGAGCCCCCUAGGUUCUAAUGUUGUGGUUCGAACAGCUUGCUGUUCUGUAGGAAUAUGUUUCCCUGUCUACUCUACAUUUAAAGCCAUUGAGAGCAAAAAUAAGGAAGAUCAGGAUCAGUGGUUGAUUUACUGGGCAGUUUACGGGAGUUUCAGCAUUGUGGAGGUUUUUUCUGAUAAGCUGCUUUCAUGGUUUCCGCUUUAUUACCAUGUGAAGCUUGCAUUCCUAAUUUGGCUUCAGCUUCCACCUAGUUGUGGUUCAAGACAACUAUAUGCAAGAUAUUUACGCCCAUUUCUCUUGAAGCAUCAAACAAGACUUGAUCAAAUUGCAGGUGGAACAUGCACUGAAAUAAAUAAGUUGUUGUCAGCGCACCAACAUGAAAUACAGUUUAUGAAAGUUGCCCUGAAAAAAUCUUUUGGGGCAGUUUAUCAGGUUAUACAAGAUAUUCUUCGACCAUCAGUGCCAUCAUCAGAUCAUGAACCAGAUGUUAUUAGAAGGGAUACCAUGGAGGACUCAGCAUCAGAUUCUGAUUGAGACUACAUGCACUCGAGAGUUGUUCACAACUACUUUAUGUACACAUUGUGUCAGAUUGCUUGAACACUCUUUUGCUUGAUUGAGAUGCUUACACAUUUUGUUUUGAUUGAAGCAAUGUUGCUAGGUUACAAACAAUGAAAAAUCUUACCUUUACAAGUUUUAGAGAGGUGAGAUCGGAAAAUUGAUCCCUAUGUAGAUACCAAGUUCCAUACAGCAUUAUUUAUAAUAGAUAGUUGUUUAUCUUUUGUAA